GCUUCUACUGAAUUAGCGAGGAAAAUGUUCUGAAAUACGACGCCUAGUGGUAUUCCCGUGUGUUCAAAAUCGGUGCUUUGUUCUCCGGUGGAGUACGAGAAAAAGAAAGAAAAACCAACCGCAAGUGCAACUCCUUUGUUGGAGAACACAACCAGAUUGAGAAGAGGUGCAUCGGUUAGGUGAAGUGAAAAAUCAUCCAAUUGAAGAGGCACAUCAUGGCAGGCGAUUUUUCCGGUUGUACCGCCCGGAAAAAGAAUCGUGCUCAAUCGAUCGAGUACAACCCGGCGAAGAUCGACAACGGGGAAACGUCGAAACAGCAGCUAAAUCCGCUGACCACUCGAAGCGGAUUGCGGGUGUACAAAAUUGUGAUCCUAGGCGAUGGCGGCGUAGGGAAAUCGGCCGUCACGCUGCAGUUCGUGAGCCACAGCUUCCUGGACUACCAUGAUCCUACGAUUGAGGAUUCCUACCAGCAGCAGGCCGUUAUCGACGGUGAGGCGGCACUGCUCGAUAUUCUCGAUACGGCCGGCCAGGUCGAGUUUACCGCCAUGCGGGACCAGUACAUGCGCUGCGGGGAAGGUUUCAUCAUCUGCUACUCCGUUACGGAUCGGCACAGUUUUCAGGAAGCGUCCGAAUAUCGAAAGCUCAUCGCACGGGUACGCCUUACGGAGGAUAUUCCGCUGGUGCUGGUGGCCAACAAGCUGGAUUUGCAGUCCCAGCGAAAGGUCUCCACUGAGGAAGGAAAAAAUCUAGCCAAACAGUUCGGCUGUCCAUUCUACGAAACAUCAGCUGCUCUUCGUCACUACAUCGAUGAGGCAUUUUUCUCACUCGUUCGUGAAAUUCGCAGAAAGGAAACUCAACGAACCCUAAAUGGAGGCUCGAGUUCCGAGAAAAUUCAUACCCGACGGCGUAGCCGGUGGUGGCGACUGCGCUCCAUAUUUGCUCUCGUAUUCCGACGUCGUCGAAAUCUGAACGGAAGUAUCAACUAAGCAGGGGAUUCCAAGGAUUUCGAAAGUAUUUGUGUUGCUACCAAAUGGGUUUCUGAAACUUGAAGUAUUGCAGAAAACCACUUUCAAACACGUGUAAAAUUGGUGUGACCAAACAUAUAGUGGGCUUGAACUACAAAAUUCCAUACAAGGUUAGGUUAUGUUUAUAAAAUUGUUGUUAAAUAGUCCAUUAAGGCGUUUUGACGUUUACAAGCAGUUGAAAAAUGUAAUGUACGGAACUGCAUUAGAAUACAGUAGUAACAUCCUGCACCGGGUUCUGUUUAGAGGUUUACCGAGUUCCACCAAAUUCAUAGUUCCAAAAAAAAGUUAGUCUUUCGGUGCAUUAUAUGCAGAUGUUAGAAGUAAAGUAAGAACAAACAUAAA